AUGCAGCCCAGCGACGAGCAGCCGAGGGCCUCUGCCGCACGAGGGCUCUUCAAGACGGCACUUGGGCUGACUGCUUCAGCAGUCCUGCUUGGCCUGGGGUCCAGGCUCACAACCUCAGAUUCUUUGCUCAAUCUUGGGACCCCAGCGGAGACCGAGUUCGACCUUCGAAGCGACAGUCGCCGUUUACGGGCCAGCACCACCGCCCUGCAGGACGAUCCGGUUUGGGGCUGCGGGCUGCUUGGGAAGAUCCCUGGCAUCUCGGAGAAUGGCGAAGCCUUGCCCGAAACACAGCGUUUCAUCGACGCGCUGAAGCUCAGCAGCUCCUUGAACAAGGUGGUGUACUGGAACUGGAACCUCGCUCCGGAGGAUCCCCUCACCGCGGACUUCCUUUUCAUGCCAGAGGUUUGGGGAUCCGGCGUGGUGAACAAGGACUGGGUGCGCCAGGCGGACACCACGAACUUCGAGGAUGGCCACGGGAGGCGAUCUCCGGCGCAAAUGGCGAACAUCAUGAUGGGCAUGAACGAGCCCGACAUCCAGGGAAGCUGCAUGGGCAACAUGUUCGGCAAGUGCGUCAAGCCCUGUGAUGAUGCUGCCAGAAACAGCAAUGAUUGCCCGAGGGCGGAGCCGAAUGUGAACCUCCCACCUGCAGCUGCCAACUCUCGAGGCAUGUGCAAUUGCUGGGAGCAUUCCUAUGCCACAGGCGUCGGGUUCUGGUCUGUGAACGGCUGUUCUGCGCUGCAGCCGCUCCCAGAGCUUUGGGAACAAGAGCCGGGCUGCAUCGGCAGAGUCAUGGACAACUGGAAGCAAACUGCCGCCAUUGCUGUCAGCAAGGGCUACAAGUACCUCACGACCCCUUUGUUGGCGGUAUAUGUAAGCUACGCAGAGAAGUUCAUCGAACACGCCUGCGACUGCCACAAUGGAGUUUGCGGGUGCACUGAUGCAAGCUGCGGCUGUCCUGCCUACGUUGGGCUACAUUUCUACGCUUUCGACUGCCAGCCGGAGUCAACCUCGGCUUAUGUCAACUUCGAGGCAAGAGUGAAGGAAAUUGGACAGUUGAUGGAGAAAUACCCUUUCGUUAAAGGUGCCAUCGUCAACGAGGUCGGCAUGCUAAACUGCGCCGGUCCGACAGAGGAUGAUCCUAUUUGCGUCCCUGACUCGGGCAGCUACCCCGCAAAGGACGGUCCAGACUUCAGUUGCCCAGUGAAUGAUGAACUCCCCAACGGCCUGGCAUCCUUCGUUACCCGAAUUCUGGAGAUCGCGAUUGGCGUCAAGACAAGUGACGGUCGACCCGUUGUGAAGAGCUUUGCUUGGUUUAACCAAGAUCGAGAGGGAGGCACGUACAACUUGCGCUUGUUCAACGAUGAUGGCUCUGUCAAUGCUGCGGGUGAAGCGUACAUGGAGGUCUGCAAGAAUUGGAAGGCACUGCAAAGCUGA